UCCAGAGUUAAGUAAAUUUAAGCUAUAAUAUGUAUUUGAAAGGGGUAUAGUCUUUAGAUUUAUCAUCCUGCUAAGUUACUUAAAUAAAAAGAUCACUUUUCUUCCAAUAAAACAGAAUCCCACAAAUUGUUAAUGCCUAACUUGCAGUGAUUUGUUAAAGAAAAUGUUGCCAUUUUUAAGAAGAGUAAUAUAUUUCAAUGAAAAAAAGCAGAAAAGGUUUUUGAAUUCAAAUGUGCAUUUCCUUUAAUCUAAAAUGGUAUUAUGAAUCUUUGGCUUUCUCCAGAUGAUUCUGAAUUUCUCUAGAUGCAGUCUAAAAAUAAAAAGGUGAAUUUUCUAGCAAGUCAUCCUGGGAGUAACAAGGCCUUAGAAAAUAAAUCACCGUUCCUUUUUCUCUAUGCAUUAUCAUGGUUUGUAUCGGCUGUUAAUACAGUUAUAAAUGACUUGAAAUAGUUAAUAUAAGAGUAAUGAGAACCCUUAAAAUUAUACUAAAUUUUCAGGACCUAAAAUAAAAAUUAUAUAGGAAACAGUGUUGGAAGCCUGUGGCUGUGGCAACUGAGGUUAUCCUAACAGAGGAGGAAAGGAUUUUAUUUGUUCACUACUCAUGAAAAAUAGGAAGCAAAGUUCUGUAACUUUUUUCGUAUAUAAUGUUGAAAAGUCUUUCCCAUUAGAAUGAGGAAUAUUUCAGUGUCAUUUUUUGGUGUUUUUCAAAACCAGUUAUGUAAGUUAAUUUUAGUGAUGUAGAUUCUUACUGAUUUUUCUGGACAAGAAAUUACUACAUAAAUUUAAGUAUUUACAAUGUAUUACAGUAUGUUGAUGUGUUUUGUUGUUUGUUGGGGGUUUUUUCCCCCUCUGGAAGAACAUUCCUGUACAAAGGAAAUAGGAGGCAAAGUCUGAAAUCUAAAAUAAGGACUAAACUGCUUUUCAUUUGCUUUUCUACCCUUUGAGAUGCCAGAAGCAAUUUCCUCUUGAAGCUGACUUCCUCUCUGGAAGUGAUUUUCGUCUCCAACCAUGUUGAGGCUCUUUUCUCAUUCUUUCUUUCUGACUAACUUGCUUUUUUCCCCUCUGACUUUCUACUGCAGUUGGGAACUUCUGGAGGUAAGUAGUGACAGACAAGUUUCUCUCUAACUUUCUUUUUCAGUUCUUCUUCCCCCCCCCCCUCCCGCCCCCCCUCACCCAGUCAGUCUAGAAGGACAAACAAAGCACUAUUGGUGUCCUCUGCAAGAGAGCACUGAUAGGGGCUGGCUGUAAAUUGACGUGGCAUGGAAAAUCUCUGCUAGUUUGGAGCAGCUCUAAUGUUGCUGCGAAAUCAAACCUCCUCUUAACCAAGUUUGUAGCUUGAAAUCAUCACGGGCUUACGGGUUCGAUAUCAAAAAUGAAUGGAAAGUACCUUCCCUUUUCUGUUUGGGAACUGGAUUUUUUCUCUCUUUGGAUUUACAGCUAAUAGACAACAAAAUCAAAGGGAAUUAUUUGGUUACUUUUUCUUUUUCCUGUAGUAAGAGCGACAGAUCUUGCUGCUCCCCCCACCUUUUCCUGCAACUUAAUCAUUUGCAGAUCUUGCCAUGGGGUGCGGACUGAGAAAGCUGGAAGACCCAGAUGAUAGCAGCCCUGGAAAAAUCUUUUCUACACUGAAGAGACCACAAGUUGAAACAAAGACGGAUUCUGCUUAUGAAUAUGUAUUGCUGGAUUUUACUUUAGAAGCUUCAUCAAAUCCAGAAGUUAUCCAGAUCAGUUCUGUGCUGGAUAUAGCAUCUCAGGUGGAAGAAUAUUACAGCAAAGGAUAUGUUGUAGGAGCUGUUCAUCCCAUUAUGCUGCCAAUUGGACGUAGAAGGAGUUUCCCUGCCAGUCACAUGUAUCGAGUGGUGCUUUCUCGAUUAAAAUCAAGCCAGAAGCAUGCAGCACCCAGAGGACAAAGGCACCCCAGGCUGCUGAUUGAAGAAUGUCCUUUAAUGUAUGAAACACUGACAAAUGAGGUAGUGAAAGAACUGUUAGAAAAGGUUAACGAAGCUGCUAAAAGAGGAAAGAAGUUUGUGGGAUUUGUAACACAACAUUUUCCUCAGCCCAAAGCCUGCAAUGGAACAAGCGCAGAUGGAAGUGCAGAGCUGGAAGCAACACUGGGCAGAAGAAACAGGGAACACAGGAGAGAAAACUUUGAUGAAAACUAUAAAAACUGGAAUGAGGGGACACUGAGCGGUCACUCAUCUGAGAGUGGGAUAGAGGAGGAAAUGCAAGGAGAAAGCAGACUAUUGGAGGAUUCAGACUUCCAGUUUGGAAAAGAAGUCAGCCCUUCUAAACCACGGAAAGGAGAUGACAAGCUGUAUACAGUCUUCAAUGUUUUUGAUGAGGAUUCCACCUGCUGGACCUAUCAUGAAGGUGUUUUGUCUAUGAAAGUAACCAGGAAGGGGCCAGUUGUGAGUACUCUGGAAGCAGACUGGCUAGAAUUAACUACAUUUUAUUAUAAACAAGGAUUGUCCUUAGUUGAUUCUUUUGUGCACUGGGAAACUUCUAAAGGGGACUAUUUGCCCAAAUCUUUAGAAGGAUUAUUUAUCUAUGAAGAAGAAGGUGCUGGGGUUCCAGGUUCCAGCAGGAAAGGAAAUGAUGCAAUAGUUGUUGAACAAUGGACAGUCAUUGAGGGGUGUGAAAUUAAAACAGAUUAUGGACCUUUAUUGCACACGCUGGCUGAGUUUGGAUGGCUCCUGACCUGUGUCCUGCCCACACCCAUCGUACGACAUGACAGUGAAGGAAAUCUCGCUACAAAGCAAGUAAUUUUUCUUCAGAGACCUGUUAUGUGGAGUUCUGCUGUGCAGACACCAGAGAGGAAAUUCUUAAGACAAGUUACUGGGGAGGACAAAGGCAAAGUGUCUAGCAGAAGUGUUGGAUUAGACACAGCUACUUCUUGCCCUCUAGAAAUGGGCCAACCACCUGAUGAGUUUCACCUAUCUCCUUCCAAACAGAGUUGGAUCAAGGAGGGAUCCUCCCAGUAUGGAGGCUUUCCAGGAUUCAGUAGCAGUGAUGGAGUAUUAAGGGAACUGGAUGAUGGACAAUAUGACCAGGAAGAUGGAGUCACUCAGGUCACAUGUAUGUGAUAAAAAGAUGUACAACUUGACUUCAGCACACCUUGUAGCAGAGGGGAGCACUGAAGGGUCUCUUGGAAACACGAAGCUGCUGCAUUCCUGGACGACGUGAAAAGUGAGAAUAACUU